AUGAAGCAGGAGAUCCAUGGAGAUCCUAUGUCGGUUUUGGUCAAUUGUCGCACUGAAUUUCUGUCGGAAGUCAGGCUGGAAUUGGUUGGAAAUGCCACGCUUGCAGAGAACGAAGAAGACGCAGAGCAAGGCAUCAAACAGCCGAACCGGUCACCAGUGGAGAAGAUCUCAGACCUAUCAGAGCCUUUGACGAGUCGGGAACCUCGCAGUCGCAGCUCCAGGACAUUGUCCAUGACGCAAGGCGCUGCGGGUUACAUGGAACUUCCGGCGUUAGAUCCACAAGAGUUGGCGGCUGACGUUGCCAAGGAGUCAAGCCGUAGACAGUGGAUGGAGCCUCUGACAUACACUGAGAAGGUCAAGGUGAGUCUGGCACGAGCGCUCAUCAUGAAUCCAGACUUGCUGGUCUUACACCGCCCAUUCCAUCACUUCGACCUUGGUACUGCGGACUCUAUUCUCAAUGUCAUUAAGAUUCAUCACGAGAAUCGCGGAGCAUGCCUUCCUGCAGCGGAUUUGACUUCAAGGCGGCCCCGAUGCGUGGUGUUUUCGCCUGAGACGGUUGAGCAAGCCCAGCAGGAAAGAGUCGCUGCAGAUGCGUAUGCCUUUGCAUCAUGCCUGCGGCGUGUAGCAAGGAGUCACUGGCAGCAGGCCAUUGAACUUUUGGCUUCGCGCCAAGAGCUGCGCCUUGAUGCCGUUUGUUGCACCAGCGGAAUUACAUGCGUGGGCGAAAGCCAACAGUGGCAAAGAGCUUUGCACCUGUUGCACGGAAUGCUGGAUCAGAACGUGGAAGCGAAUGUUUUCAGCUACACCUCAGCCAUCAGCGUGUCCCAGAAGGCCCAGCAAUGGUUUGUUGCACUGGCAAUUCUGGAUGAAAUGAAUGACCGGGAGGUGGAGGCUAACGUGGUCACGUUCAAUGCUGCCAUCACCUCCUGUGCCGCACAGUGGAGACUAACUUUAGCAAUUUUGCAAGACAUGGAGCAGGACGGGCCGAGACCGGACCCUGUGACUUUCAGUUCUGUCAUUGCAGCAUGCGAGAAGUGCAGCGAAUGGCAGGCAGCCAUUCAGGUACUUUCAAAAAUGAGGAUAUCUCGUUUGGGAGAUGCAUAUGCCUACAGUGCAGCAAUUGGAGCUUUGGAGGGUCGGUGGCAAAAGGCAUUGGCCCUCAUGGCCCACAUGUAUACCGAUGUGGUGCAACCUGACAUUGUGUGCUUCAGCGCUCUCCUGAGUUCUUGCGAGAAGGGACACGCAAUGCGUCCUGCUUUGAAUUUGAUCACGUCGAUGCGUCUUCAGCACUGCGAGUUGGACGUCAUCAGCUGUAACGCUGCCAUCAGUGCCUGUGAAAAGAGCGCCGAUUGGCCAUGGGCGCUGGAGAUCUUGGAGCAAAGGUGCAGUUUGGGGCAUGCCCGAAGGGAUGUUGUGGGCUGCAGUGCUGCCGUCAGUGCCUGUGAGAAGGCCAAAGAAUGGCGCGCGGCUUUGCAGCUUCUUUCCCAGCAGGAUCACCGAGACACGAUAAUUUGCAAUUCCGCCAUCAGUGCUUGUGAGAAGUGCAUUGAGUGGAGGUGGGCGCUCCGCCUCGUGGCCUCAAUGCAGGAGUUUUCGGUGCAGCCGGAUGUGAUCAGUUGCAAUGCGGCCAUCAGUGCGUGCGAAAACGCUCUGCUCUGGCGCUGGGCGAUUCAACUUCAGCCGUCGAGUGCUGACUCUGUGGCAAUCGCAGCGAUGCUCAGCGCUUGCGAGAAGGGUCAGAACUGGACCUUGACCCUGGAGCUCUUAUCGUUGCACAGAUUGACUGGCCUUGUGCCUGGGAUCAUUAGCUGCGAGGCGGCGCUUCGUGGUUCCCGAGAGCAAUGGAAGGUGGCCCUUUUGCUCUUGGCCUCCAUGAGAUCAUGGCAAUUGGAAUCUACGCCCGUCAGCUACGAGUCCGCCAUGCUCGGAUCACCGCCCAAUGCAACGCGAGUUCUUUUGGGGUCAUUGAUUCCUUUCCGCAUCUCUUGCUUUUGGAUGCUUUUGGGCUCAAGCGUUGCGUUCUUGGGGCGCUUCCUGGCUCCGAGAAUGGUGAAGAAAGGGCUGUGCGUGGGCGUGAACUAUCCGAAUCAGGAUCACCAGCUAUAUGGUUGCGUCAAUGAUUGCCUUGAAUGGGACAAGGUGUUGAAGGAACAUUUUGCCUUCGAGGAGACCCGGGUGCUGCUUGACCAGUACCCGGAUGGCUCCGUAGCAGAAGCAGCACAGCAGUUGCCCAGCAGGGGCAACAUCUUGGCGCAGCUGGGUGGAUGGCUGGUGGCUGGCGCCCAACCUGGCGACGUCCUUGUCUUCUUUUUUGCAGGGCACGGCUGCCAGGUGCGACUACCUGGUGGUGAAUUGGAGGAUGCUUUGGUGCCUACGGAUUCAGCCCAAGGAGUGGUGCUGCGUGACGAAAUCCACGCGCUUUUCGCUCGCUUGCCACCUGGGUGUUACCUCACUGUCAUUUUGGAUUGCUGCCAUGGUGCCCACAUGUUGGACGUGCCAAGCUCUUGGGACUCGUCUGAGACUCCUUAUCGAGUGCAUCAAACUUUCGAGCGGCCACAGGAGGUGCACCGCACCCGGGACACUUGGAUGCAAGGAUACCUCGACCACGCCAAGAGCCGCCCACGCUUUCUGCCCACAAUGUCACUGCCCGCACGGCAGAAGCGAACACCUGAAGGGAGUGGCGCGCAUUUGGGGCGGAUGACUUUGGACCCUGCGGUGACCGCCUUUUGCUUGGCGGCCUCACGGCCCUUUGAGACCGCCCGGGAUGCCAACAUCAAGGGAGAUCAAUGCGGCGUGAUGACGUUUUGCCUCGUGCAGGCAUUGGAAGAUUUGCAGUUUCGGUGUACAUUUGAGCAGCUCUUUGAAAAAGCGGUUUGGCGAUUGGAUGACAUUCGAUCAAAGUACAUGCCGAUGAUGGACCAGACCAUCCAAAUGAGUUUCUGUCCGAACAGUGCUCCUUCAGAGGUUGUGGUUUUUGAUGAGCGCUAUGCGCCUGUUGCGCAGCAUCGGCUGUCGCAAAUGGCACCUGCACGGCCCUCACCUGCGCAAAACCUGUUAGCUGGUGGACCAUCACCACAACCAGUCAGAGAGAGCUCGACAGAAUUUGUGCCGAGCCCUAUGUAUCAUUUGGCCUCCAGGGGUGGCGUUGAGGAGGUUGAGAACCCAGGACCUUGCGUCGUCUACGUGCAGGUUUUUGGCUGUCGCGGCUUGCAAGAUCCAGGUGCUCCACAGUGCGAUCCCUACGUCAAGCUACGGGUGGCCCAUGUGGAGCAUCAGUCGCCAGUCCUACCCAACACUGCAGACCCUAGAUGGAGCGAUGAUCAAAACAAGUUCACGUUCAAAUCGCAAGAUAUCUAUGUUGACUCUCUUCACAUUCAGGUGUUCAACGCCUAUGGUCGCGGAAGUCUUUUAGGACAAGUUUCCGUACCCCUGCACACCUUGCCGUUCAUAAACUGGCAGGAGUCACGGCAUCGCAUCGGUGAAAGCGGUGAGGUCGAGUUUCGGGUGGCGAUGUAUCCAGAGCAUGCCACAAGACAUCGCUCUCAAAGCAGACCGCCCUCGGCAUCUCCUGUCCGCUCUGGGCGGCCGUCGGCGCCAGGAGCGCGAUCACCGUACCAACCAUCGAUGCCAUCGCCGUGUCAACCGUCAGCACCGUCGCCGUGUCAACCUGCCUCGCCCAAGAAUUUGAUGUUUGAGGAAGGUGAAAAUAUUUUCGGAAAGCCAAACUUGUUCUCUGCCAUGCCGGACCUCCUGUCACAGCUCGCCAAAGAUCCGCAGCUGGAUGGUCGGAUGGAGCCACCACGGACGGCUUCCAGUGGCAGUGGCCUGGGCGGCUUUGGAUUCAGCGCAAUGACACGAGAGCCUUCACAGGGUUUUCAAGGGUUGCCACAAGGCAUGCCUGCCUUCCCGGGAGUCUCCAGCGGCCUCAGCAGCGGUCUCCCGAGCAGCCGCCUCUCCCCCAGCAUACCCAGCAUCCCCAGCAACCCCAGCAACCUGCAAUGCGCUGGUGGUGCUGGCGGUGCUUUGAGCGCCCUCGGUGGCCUUGGAAGUCUUGGUGGUUUUCCAUGCCUCACUCCACCGAGCUCUUUGAUACCAGGUUUUACUGGCUACAGCGGCUUCAAUGGCUUUCAGUCUACUCCUGCCGGAGCAGUCAGCAUGGCUAGCGUGGCACCUGCGCCAACGCCGGCAUACUCAACGACGCUGUGCACAACGCUGCCAUCCGAAGCAGCGCCUGCGCCUAGCUAUACUGGCUACAGCGGCUUCAGUGGUUUUCAGUCUACUCCUGCUGGAGCAGUCAGCAUGGCGAGCGUGGCACCUGUGCCAACGCCAGCAUAUUCCACGACCCUGUGCACAACGCUGCCAUCUGAAGCAGCGCCUGCGCCUAGCUAUACUGGCUACAGCGGCUUCAAUGGUUUUCAGUCUACUCCUGCUGGAGCAGUCAGCAUGGCUAACGUGGCACCUGCGCCAGCAUACUCAACGACGCUGACGCUGCCAUCUGAAGCAGCGCCUGUACACCGCGAGCGCCGGAUCAGCACGUCCAGCUGGGAGUCUUCGGAGGCUGACAUCGAAAUCGACGAGGCAGACGUCGUUGACCCAUCUCAGGUGCAUCCGCGUACCGGGCGAGUCUCCGUUCGUGCGGGGCGGGCAAGCGUCCGUGAGGAAGAGGACGAUGAGGGAUUGCUGGAAGAAGAGCCUGUGUCGCCAAAUGCCAUCAACCUGAAAGCAGACAAUGAUGAUGGAGAUGGUGUCAAGCGCGCUGAGUUGGCAGCAGCAGGCCUCAAUGGAGAAACUGCAAAGUCAAGUGCACUUGGAAAAGCUAGGCCGUUGCGUUUCUGCAUCUUCACAGUUGCAUUCCUCUUUGUGAUUUUUGUGCUCAUGGCAUCCUCCACCAGUUUGGGGGCCAUCUCUGAGGGUCUUUAUGGAGAUCAACUGGAAGCAAUGCGAGCUGCUGAAUCCCACGGUGCUCACGACGAUCAUGCGGACAAGCACUCCACGGAGCAUGCAACGGGCGAUCAUUCGGAGCAUUCGAUGGACGCGCACACAGAGCAUGCAGAUGCCACAGAGCACUCGGACCACUUGGACCACUCUGAGCACUCCACAGAGGCUUCAGUACACGUGACAGAGCCAUCGGACACCCACCAGACUUCACAUGGUGCACAUCGACGACGGUUGGGUGGUGGCGUGUCUGUCUUGCUGCAAAACAUUGCUUAUUGCCUGACCACGUGCGGUCUUGUUGCUUUCUUUGUUGGUUUGUGCAAGCAGCCACUGAUCUUGGGAUAUCUGCUUGGUGGGGUGGUCGUUGGGCCCAAUCUUGGACUUGACCUCGUCCACAGUCAUGAAAACGUCGCAGAGAUCGCCAAUCUGGGUUUGGUGUUCCUACUCUUCAUGAUCGGCCUCGAGUUGGAUGUGCACGAAAUCCUUCGAAUGGGUCGCGUGGUUUUGCUGACGGGACUCUUCCAGUUCCCUGUUUGCUUUGGAGCACAGUAUCUCAUUUUCACGGGACUCAAUGCCCUUGGGCUCAGCAUGGGCGCUGGUGACUCCGCGGUGAUGUACUGCGCCCUGGUUUGCGCAAUUUCAUCGACGAUGAUUGUGGUCAAGAUGCUUUCCGAAAAGGGCGAGACGGAAAGGCCCAACGGGCGUUUGACAGUCGGUAUCUUGAUCUUCCAGGACAUUUGGGCCAUGGUGUUCUUGGCAAUCCAACCAAACUUGGCAAAUCCGGAUCUGCUUACGCUGUGCUUCUCGGCUCUUCAACUCCUAGCCCAAGUCAUGAUUGCAGCACUCAUUGUGUUGGCCCUGGGCUAUGCCAAAUUUGUGAUGCCUGCCGUGCUCUUCUUUGCAUCCAGGAGCGUUGAGCUAAUGUUGGUGCUUUCCUUGUCCUGGUGCUUUUUUAUGGGCGUCACCGCACAUCUUCCUUGGGUUGGCGUGGGAAUGGAACUGGCCGCUUUGAUUGCUGGAGUAGCUCUUGCGACCUUUCCAUACAGUGCAGAGUUCAACGGAAAGAUCAAAUACAUCCGUGACUUCUUCAUCACGCUGUUCUUUGCUGCGUUGGGAAUGCAGAUCCCUGUGCCUUCGCUGAAGCCCAUCCUGACGGCGUUGCUGAUCUCCAUCUUUGUCUUGAUCUUCCGCUGGUUGGGUAUUUUCUCCCUGGUCUACAUGUUGGGUGGCUCCGCGCGAUUGGGAAUCCUUGCCACACUAAAUUUGUCUCAGAUUUCCGAAUUUGCCUUGGUGAUUUGUUCACUUGGUAUGAGCUACGGUCACAUCGAUGAGACCACCUUGGAAAUUAUCAUUUGGGUCUUCAUGGUGCUUUCAAUCUUUUCAUCGAAUUUGAUGACUUACAACCACCAGAUCUUCAGGUCGCUGGCGUGGCUGUCUCGCAAGGUGCUCAAGCACCGCGGAAUUGCAGACUCAGAUGACCAUCCAACGCAUGAUGAAGACGAGCGCGACAUUCUUUUGCUCGGCUUCCAUCGAAUCGCCUCGAUGAUGGUGGCUGAGUUUGAACAGCAUGCGCCCAAAUUGCUCAGGAAGUUGCAGGUGGUUGAAUGGAACCAGCAUAUCAAGGAGCCCUUGCUUCGACGUGGUAUCAAAUUUAGUUAUGGCGAUUUCUCAUCUGCUGAUGUUCUCGAGCACUGUUUCCAUGGGGAGCCAAAGAUCAUCAUCUCGACGACCCCAGACACAAUGCUUCAAGGCACUACCAACAUGAGGAUCUUGAAGGUGGCUAUGGGUGUGUGGCCAAAGGCACAUGUCAUCGUCACUGCGGACAAUCCUCAACAGGCAGCAGAUCUCUACCAGGCGGGUGCCCACUACGUCCUGCGUUCUGCAAAGCUUUGCGCUGAACGGCUCUUUGAGCUCUUGAACAAAUAUGAGACUGAUGCAGGCAUGUCAGACCUGCAACGGCGCUUCGACAAGUUCAAGAAGAAGGAUAUCACGCAGAUGAAGUCAGAAGUUCACGUCAGUUCGAAUUUUGUUGGACUUAAGCUGGACGGGAAGGAUAUCUCUUUUGCAAUGGAGGUGUGCCGUUUCUGA